UGGUGCGGUGUGGGGCGGUGGUGUGUGUGCCGUUGCGGACACGCACCGCCUAGUAGCAUCUCCGAUCAAUCUGCUUUGUCGGUAGCCAUUUCAUGCUUACAUCUACUCUCGAUUACGGUGGUGGCAGAAUUUUUUCUAUUUCGUCAGAUGUUACAUGGACAAACAUGUGGAGUACAUCACAUAAAAGCCUGGACGUGUCCUGAACAUUAUUAAAAUAAAAUUUUAAGAAAGCUCCACUUGAUGUGAAACAAGCUGUGUAUUUUUCUAACGAGCGUUCAGUACUCGAAUAUGAUUUUAUGGCCUCGAACCAGAACGCUGAAGUUCUUAUCAAUAAAUUGCAAGCAAUACAAUAUCGUUCUAGUUCGCGGGAUCGAAUUCCGGCCACGGCGGCCGCAUUUCGAUGGGGGUGAAAUGCGAAAACACCCGUCUACUUAGAUUUAGCUGCACGUUAAAGAACCCCCCAGGUGGUCAAAAUUUACGGAGUACCCCAGUACGGCGUGCCUCAUAAUCAGAUCGUGAUUUUGGCACGUAAAACCCGAUAAUUUAGUUAACACCAUCGCUCUGUACGUUUUGUAACUAAUUGCUAUGGUUAUGGUAUGAAAGUGACAAGUUUAAAGCGCUAUGUGCCAUGGGCACUCUUCAACUUCGACACACCUUCUUCAGGUGCUCGUUCUUAAAGCAGAUUGUUUGCGGAGAGGUCGCUGCUGAUCACCAUCAGUACCUUCAGCCUUCUGUGUAGAUAUUUAGAAGAAACAACAGCAGCAAAAAUAUUCGAGAAUAUUAAUCUGUAUUUCAAGUGUCAUUCUUUCCAGGUACGAUUGCACUCCAGAAUGGCCUGCCUGACACUGUUUUCUGCGCGCCUUAAGAAAUGUUUGCGGCUGCACCCUGGCAGCAGUUGCGCACAAUCUCAACAUGAUCUGUAGCUGCGCAGAUUGAGUGUUUGUAGCCCGCUGGAAUGACACGACGCAUCCUGUCUAUAUUUUUCUGCCCCCUCUCGCAUUGUUCCGGUCGUCUCCUAAUGCGUAGCUCAUGUCUGUGUUUCUUUUACUAGUUGUAAUAUUGUUUUGCUUUGUAUUUUCUUUUUGUCUACUACUGCCCUACAACAAUGCCUUAGAGCGUAGGUAGGCAUGUAAAAAAAGCAUGUGCUUAGGCACACGCUUGCUGCGCAAUGUGACAGACGCGGCGAUCAUCUCAAAGAACUAGCUGGAUUCCCCGACUGAUUUUACAAGUUUGAUUUGUGUUUAAUUUCUACUGAUCAUUCACUUCUGGAUGGUUUAGUGUAAGCGAUAAUGUCUUGCUUCCCUGUAAAAAAAGGGAAAAAAAAAUACGGCAGCUUGUGACUUAGUGCUUAAUCGGGCUGCUAUGCUGGGGAAACUACCUUCGGUCCCCACCAUCUGUCACGUAAUUCAAAUGUUCUUUUUGUUAACUGUGCGCUGUUCGGUAAGACAGCAGCAGCACCCAGCAGCCCAGCAGCCGCGGCUAGCAAAAUCCCGGAGGGUUCGCAAGGAAGGCUUCGCUUUAAAACUGUAGCUGACAGCUUGGAAACGUAGGUAACAUUUGUUUUCCUCACAAAACCAGCAUGUAUGGUUUUGUUCGCUACAGUAUGUAGCUAGUCAUUUCAUCUGUCGUUGUGAGGCAUAUUGAAAACGCGGGUGUGUGCCGUGUUUGAAGCGAUCAACAUCAACAGACAGAGGAAGAAGUAGAAGUGGAGGACCAGAGAUGGCUGCCGUUCCCACCGAAAACGCGACUGUUUCUCAAGGGCAGAAGAUCAACGACGGGGUCUCUCGGCGGCCACGUUCCUCAAGCAAGCGAUGCGUCUGUUGGGUAGUAGCUGCCUUGCUGAGCGGCGGCCUCAUCACUGCCUUGGCGGUCUUUGUGCUCCUACCAAUCGUUUCAAGAUCUGGCCCUAAAGCACCAAGAGGCUGCCUCAUCGCGAGGACGCCGAACGGUUACGCCAAGGGAAGCCUACUUCAGUUCAAGAUCAACGGCACAUCGUACAACUCCGUCGCCUUCUACGGCAUCCCGUUCGGCGCCUCGACGACCGGAGACGGGCGGUUCGCUGAGCCCCGAUGCGCCCAGCCCUGGCACGACCUGUUCAACGCCACGUACAAACGACCCCCCUGCGCCCAGUCGCACACCCAUUUUGGUCGCACUUACGUCAUCGACGCCUCGAACACCACGGAAGACUGCCUGCACAUCAACGUCUGGGUGCCCGGCAAAUGCGUGACCGACCUGUUGGGCGGCGAAAACCAUCGCGCCGUCGUCUUCUGGCUCUUCGGUGGCUCUUUCGUGAGCGGAGGCAACAGCUACGACUUCUUCGACGGCCGCUUCGUGGCAGGCUUGGGAGACGUGCUCGUCGUCACGCCUAACUACCGGGUGACGUCGUUCGGCUUCCUCAACUCGGGAACGGGCCGUGAAGUUGCGGGCAACAUGGGGCUGUACGACCAGCUUCUGGCGCUCCGCUGGCUUCGGGAAAACGUCCACCGGUUCGGCGGCGACCGCGACCGCAUACUAAUCGCCGGACAGAGCGCCGGCGCCAUCGCGUCCUCCAUGUUGAUGGCGAGCCCGAUAAUGUCGCAGUACGGCCCGUACCGCAGGGCGUUUCUCAUGAGCGGCUCGGCGUACUUUCCGCUGCCCCGGAACGAGGGACCCGAAGCGCGACGGAGCUUCUCGCGCCUGGCCGCCAACGCCGGCUGCCAGUCGGCGCGCGUCGCCGACGCCGUGCACUGCCUCCGAAACCGGAGCGCGCCGGAUAUCUUGAAGGCCACCAAGAAUAUCUCUCUGUUUUUCAUGCCAUCCUUCGAGGCGCCCCUAUUUCCUGGCAAGAUGGACUCUCUCGAGCGGCGGUUCGUAGCGGCCCGAGCGCGGGACACACUGAUCUCCAACGUGGCGAUGGAAGGGCAGGCCUUCUUUGAAAUGAUCUUGCCAGACAUAGCAGGUACGCAAAAAAAGAUCACGGCGCAAGUGCUGAAACAAACUUUUCCUUAUUUGUUUGGCGACGCGUCGGACUCUGUGAUGGAGUUGGUCAUUCCUUUAUUGAAGACCGAGUACGACCUUGAAGCCCCCAACCACCGCGGUUGGAUACAGGUUAUCGGUGACACCUUGUUUCGUUGCCCCGUUGCUUCCUUCGGGAAAAGUUUGGCCACCCUGGGAAAGAAUGUGUACUACUUGCAGUACACGCCCAGACCUUCUUUUUCCACGUUUUCCGGAGAAAAUGCGACGCACGGAGACGAUGUGCCAAUGCUGUUUGGGUUCCCGUACACCUACCCGUACUUGGCUACUGACGAAGAAAGGGCGAUGUCCUACCGCAUGAUCACAAUGGUGUCCAGCUUCGCAAAAGACGGGUCUCUCCCAAGCCUGGAGGACGGGAGUCCCUGGCCGCUCUUCUCGAAGGCUUCCAACUACUCGUUCGUCGACCUCGCACACUCCGGGUUCACGCUUGGCGGCGCCACUCCCGAGUGUCCCUUGCUAGAGAUCAUGAGGAUGAUCUUGAACCCGGACAAGUCGGACCGGCGAGCUAUCGACAGUGCUUGGACGCCCGAAGUCGUCAGCUUGGCACUGGACAUGCUUGCCGCGAUACCGGCGCGAGCUCUUGAGAUCGCCGCCACCACUCAUGCCCAUGCUUACAAAGGCCAAUGAAUAUGCCAUACGCUCGAACCCUCCAGUGUUCACUGCGCCUUUCGGGGUGUUAAAAAGCUAUCAGCUUGCAACACGUUGUGCGUCGUUGAUGAAUUGCCCAUCUGAGGGGCGUUUGUUUUCAUUACAGUGGUUUCACCAAGAUAAAUUGCAAAGAAUAAGGGCAA